AUGGAUGAUACUAUUUCAAUGGUGAUCAAUGCAGGGAAAAGUACACAUAAUGAGGACCAAGCAAGUUGUGAAGUCCUUAUGGUGAAGAAGAAAAUGGGGACAAUUAAUUCAACACCAAACAGAAAUUCCUCAAGUAAGCGGAGAUCGUCAUUGCCCAAUGGGGAAGGAUUGCAGUUGAAAGAGAAUUCAGAAUUGGAUAGCAUCUCUUUUCAUUAUUGGUCAUUAUUUGAUGGCCAUGCUGGAUCUGGAGCAGCUGUGGUAGCCUCCAAAUUGCUGCAGCAUCAUAUUGUAGAGCAGUUGCAGGAGAUUGUGGACAUCCUGAAAAACUCUGCUGUUCCUCCCCCAACUUGCCUGGGGGAAGAACCAGAAAGCAUGAAUGCCAACAGCAGAACGCUAACCCGGGCAGCCUCAUUGAGAGGAAGUGUUGGAGCUCCUGGUUCAUCUGGCACUCCAUCUACUCGCUUCUUUACAGAAAAGAAGAUCUCGCAGGAAUGCCUUGUCAUGGGAGCUGUUGAAACUGCAUUCAGGGAAAUGGAUUUGCAGAUAGAACGUGAAAGAACUGUCUUCAAUAUAUCCGGUGGUUGUACAGCUCUUGUGGUAGUGUAUUUACUGGGGAAACUCUAUGUGGCAAAUGCAGGUGAUAGCAGAGCCAUAAUAAUUAGAAAUGGAGAGGUCAUCCCAAUGUCUUCAGAAUUCACACCAGAGACAGAGCGUCAGCGGCUCCAGUAUCUGGCAUAUAUGCAACCCCAUUUGCUUGGAAAUGAGUUUACACAUUUGGAGUUUCCAAGGAGAGUUCAGCGAAAGGAAGUUGGGAAAAGAAUGCUUUAUCGAGAUUUCAGCAUGAUUGGCUGGGCAUACAAAACCAUUGAAGAGGAUGACCUGAAGUUUCCCCUUAUAUAUGGAGAAGGCAAGAAGGCUCGUGUCAUGGCAACUAUUGGGGUUACAAGAGGACUUGGAGAUCAUGACCUGAAAGUGCAUGACUCGACCAUCUACAUCAAACCUUUUUUAUCUUCAUCACCAGAGGUAAGAGUUUAUGAUCUUCUCCAGUAUGAGCAUGGAUCAGAUGAUGUCCUCAUCUUAGCUACCGAUGGACUAUGGGAUGUACUAUUAAAUGAAGAAGUAGCGGAAGCCAUCACUAAUUUUCUGCCAAACUGUGACCCUGAUGAUCCAUACAGGUACACACUAGCAGCUCAGGAUUUGGUAAUGCGAGCUAGGGGAGUGCUGAAGGACAGAGGCUGGAGGAUAUCCAAUGACCGACUGGGCUCAGGAGAUGACAUUUCGGUCUACGUCAUUCCUUUAAUACAUGGAAAUAAACUCUUGUAAAAGCAGUAUCAGUGCUAGUGACAGGAAAUGUUUGAUUAUUAACAAGGUCCUUUGGAAAAGACAUUCCUCUGAUAAAUGAGAGUAGUGGUUCAAACAUUCUUUUAAGCUUGAAUAACCUGAAUUCUUUGUACCUGAAAUCUAGGGCUAAUUUGUACAUAAGCUCAGCUUCCCUAAGCUUGUAUUAUCGGUACAUAUCAGGACCAGAACAAUGCUGCUAGUAUAUUUAGUGCUUUCUUUUUAAUGUCCCUCCUGGUGAGGACACUGUUGUGAUCUAACUGAAUUUAUUUUACCCAGUU